AUGGAUUCAGCAUACUCACAAGGCCCGAUAAUGGGACAAUCAGCCUUCUUUUACUAUAAUCCCGAUCCGAAGCCAGACAACCGGCAGCAUGGCCACUUCUCCCAGCACCCAACUAAUGUUCAAGCGCAGGCGUAUCACCCCCACCUGCAUACGAUGCCAUCGACUCCAAUUUAUUCCAGACCGAACUCGUCUUGUUCACAGCCGCCCAUGCAGCCGCCGAUGUUCAACGCCGGAUUUGCGGGUAACAUGACGCCAAUGGCCUCCCCCCGUCCGCUGUACCAGAAGCCGACAAUACUGAUCCAGGACCACACUUCAAGGAUGAUGGAGGCUGAUGGGAGUGAGACCGACAUGUACUAUUAUCCGUCAACCCCCCCCUUAUCCGAAUAUGGAAGUGUGAUGAGCAGCCCCUCAAGCUGUGACGUGCUGCAGACACCCGUGAAUUCGGUCUUCCUCGGGGUCGAGGGCGUCAAGGAGGGUUGCGAGGGGGAAGUGCAGUCUGAGAACCUCGCCGGUGGCGACUGGGCGCGAUGCGGAUCUCCGCCCAUGACUCCAGUGUUCAUUCACCCAAACUCGCUUACGAGCAGCGCUAACGAGCUUCUGUCUGCGACAUCUUGUCCCUCACUUUCUCCCUCCCCUUCCCCUUAUCCGCGAUCGGUCAUUUCAGAACAGGACUUCGACUUCUGCGAUCCGCGCAAUCUUACGGUCGCAUCCGGCGCAUCGCCAGAUCCCUCCUUGACAAGAACCGCGUCGGAGUUUCCCGCGCUCCCCACUUUGUGUGCAGGGGACGACGAGGAACACCGGUUCAUGCUAGCCGGAGAGACAAUUUAUAAGGCUGCGGAACUCCACGCGAAGAACUUUACUUUCUCAGCUCCAACGCACCACGCCCUGCCCUCUUUUGAUCAAUUCUCAGAUCUCGACUCCGAGGAAGACUUCGUCAACGGACUAGUGAAUUUCCCCCCCACCGAGAACGUCCAAUUCUUUGGCAACAAAAGACAACGCACCGGAUCUGACCUGGUGUCUCUCGACAACGAGCCCUUCGUCACCGAGGACGACUUCGACGAUUUCGAAGAGUUCGACGACUCGGAGCAGUUCGCUGUUGCCUGUCUUCCAAGCCCACCUGCCUCCGGCUCCGAGUGUGAGAUUAAGAAGGAGAAGCGAUCCAAGAAAUCGAAGAAGGCCCCUGUCGAAGACGACGAAGACAGUACCGAGUUCGACAACCUUGUUAGAUCUCGCAAGUACACCGUCUCAAUGAACGCCGUUUCGGGAGCUUCUGUUCAAGAGAGCUCCGCCGAGGCACAAGGCCAGCAGAAUCACACUGCUCCUAGCCAGUCCGGCUCGUCUGAGCAUCACGCAACAAAUAGCGUCAUGGGCUCUGAGGCUGGUGCAACCCCUCAGCCAGGGCCAGUCAACCGCCGCGGCCGUAAGCAAUCUCUGACUGAGGAUCCAUCCAAGACCUUCGUCUGCGAGUUAUGCAACCGCCGGUUCAGACGUCAAGAACACCUCAAGCGGCACUAUCGAUCCCUCCACACUCAAGAUAAGCCUUUCGAGUGUCACGAGUGCGGCAAGAAGUUCUCCCGAAGUGACAAUCUUUCUCAGCACGCCCGAACUCACGGAAGCGGUGCGAUCGUCAUGGGUGUUCUGGAGGAUGGCGAGCUCCCCAGUGAUCACUUGGAGUCUGCCAGUGAUGGGGACCACAUUCACUCAUUGGGCAACGUCCUCUUUAGUGUUGCAGCGGCUGCAUCUGGUAGUGACACCGAAGGCUCGUCCGAUGAUGGAAGUAGCGAUAGCCAGACACGCAAGAAGCGCAAGCGCUCCCAGUAA